AUGCGUGCCUCGGCCCUCUUCACUCUCCUCGCCAGCUCGGCUGGCUUUGUCGCCGCCGUCCCUCCUGCCGGUGCCGCCAAGGCCGCUGGUCUCCGUCUCAUCAAGACCUCCCCCGAGGAUAAGGGCACUUGGGUGACUGAGGAGCAGAAGAUCACCCAGUACCGCAACAAGCGCAUCGGCUUCGUCGACAUCACCGACAUCACCGACGCCUCCGUCCUCACUGCCCUCUCCAACCCUGACGGUGCUCCUGCCAAAUCCGACUUCUCAGCCCAAGCCGUCACAUACCCUACCGCCGUCUCCCACCAAACCCAGGUCAACUCCCUUCUCUCUCAAGUGUCAACCACCAACCCUAAGUCGUGGCUGCUCACCCUCACCAACUUCUACAACCGGUACUACAAGUCCACAUACGGCACGCAGGCCGGUACCUGGCUGUAUGACACCAUUGUCUCCGUCGCCUCCGCCAACUCGGCCAUCACCGUGACCAAGUUCACCCACUCGUGGAACCAGCCCUCCAUCAUCGCCAAGAUCCCCGGUACCAGCAGCAACCUGGUUAUCGUGAGCGCCCACUAUGACUCGACCGGCGGCUCGUCCACCGCACGUGGACCCGGCGCCGACGACAACGGCUCGGGCGUCGUCGUCAUCCUCGAGGCCCUCCGCGUUCUCGCCAACGCCAAGUUCGCUCCCAAGGACACGCUCGAGUUCCACUUCUACUCUGCUGAAGAGGGUGGUCUUUUGGGUUCUGCUGCCGUCUUCUCCAGCUACAGGUCCGCUGGCAAGAGCGUGUAUGCCGUCAUGAACCAGGACAUGGCUGGAUACUCUCCCAGUGGAAAGAUUUCGAUCUAUACUGACUAUGUCGACACCUCGUUGACUGCGUACACCCGCGUUAUUGCGACUGCUUAUACCGGCGCGACAACUAGCGAUAAGUGCGGCUAUGGAUGCUCGGAUCAUGCCUCGGCCAGGUCUAACGGUUUCCCUGCUGCCUACGUCUGCGAUGAGCCCAUGGAUACCGCCACUCCUUACCUCCACUCUUCCAACGAUGCUUACUCCACCAUCAUGUGGGAUGCUGUCCUCCGCCAUGCCAAGUUCACGACUGCCUUCCUUGUUGAGGCUUCCUACCUUUAAAGGGUUGUUGUGAUGUCUUCUUUCCAUCUUUUGUCUUGACGAGGCUAGGAUCGAGUUUCGCAUGUUAGGGGAAUCAGUGUCAUGCCGGCAAACCCAGGGCAAGAAAGAGGGGGUCCAAUGACACGCGAAUGUGUCGACUGUAGUGUCCAUGUUGGGAGUGGCGCAUGUGACGGAUAGCUCCAGGCGAACACUUCGUUGAGACCAAUGAAGAACACAUAUUUGAGGCACAAGAUCUGAAAGAGAUACUCACCUUCCCUUUCUUGCUUCAAUGACAUCAACCUCAAAGUCAGCAUAACCUCUCCGGGACU